GCGGGCCGACCCCUACCGGGCGGAGGACGAGAGCCCGGCCCGCUUCGUGCCCCGCUUCAACUUCUCCGCCCGCGACCUGCUGCGCCGGGUGGAUUUCAACAUCAAGGGCGACGACCUGAUGGUUUUCCUGCACAUCCAGAAGACGGGCGGCACCACCUUCGGCCGCCACCUGGUGCGCAACAUCCAGCUGGAGCAGCCCUGCUACUGCCGCGCCGGGCAGAAGAAAUGCACCUGCCACCGGCCCGGCGGGGACAAGGACACCUGGCUCUUCUCCCGCUUCUCCACCGGCUGGAGCUGCGGGCUGCACGCGGACUGGACCGAGCUCACCAGCUGCGUGCCCGCCGCCAUGGAGCGCAGGGGCUGCCCCGGCAACCACACCCUCAGGAACUUCUAUUACAUCACAAUGCUGAGGGAUCCGGUGUCACGGUACCUGAGUGAAUGGAAACAUGUCCAAAGAGGUGCAACGUGGAAAACUUCCCUCCAUAUGUGUGAUGGAAGAAGUCCAACGCCAGAUGAGCUGCCUACCUGUUACCUAGGGGAUGACUGGUCUGGAGUCAGUUUGCAGGAGUUCAUGAAUUGUGGUUACAACCUAGCUAACAACCGCCAGGUUCGCAUGCUGGCAGACCUAAGCCUGGUUGGAUGUUACAACUUGACUUUUAUGAAUGAAAGCGAGAGAAAUAUGAUCCUUCUCCAGAGCGCCAAGAACAACCUGAAGAACAUGGCCUUUUUUGGACUCACAGAGUUCCAGAGGAAAACACAGUAUCUCUUUGAGAGGACAUUCAACCUCAAGUUCAUUUCCCCAUUCACCCAGUUCAAUAUUACCCGGGCCUCUAAUGUGGAUAUUAAUGAAGGGGCCCGGAAACGCAUAGAGGCAUUGAACUUCCUGGACAUGCAGCUUUAUGAAUAUGCUAAAGACCUCUUUCUGCAACGCUUUCAGUACUCCAAGCAAGAGGAGCACCAGAAGAACCGGCAAAAACGGCGGGAGGAGCGGAGGCUCCUCCGUGAGCAAAGGGCUCACCAGUGGCAGAAGGAAGAAGCAGCAGCAGAAAUAGCUGUUACUGAAGAUUACAACAGUCAGGUGGAGCGAUGGUGACACUUCACCUUAGCUGAAUAAAAGAGAAGAUAAUUGAAAACACUAAUCAUUUCUUAAACUUGGUCACUCAGAGAUUAGACAAGGAAUGAGUGUUGCCUUGGUAAAUGAGACUCAGCUGCCCUUCUUUGUCUUCAUUUUUCUUAGUUUCUAUCUGUUAGGAGACUAUAUAUAUAUAUAUAAUUAUCCAAAACUGAACUUCUUUCAAAGGCCCAAGUAAUGAGAGUGGCUUGAAAAACUUGCUCUUUUUUUCCUUUUUCUUUUCACCAAUGUUCUCUGUAGAGUUUGAGCAGCUGAAACUUGUGAUGCCAUGAAUGAAAAAUCACAGAACCACUGAGGUGCUGAAGCUGGUGUAUUUCAUACUGUCAUACUGUUAGCUGUGCUAUGCAGUGAAUGCAACAGAGUAAACCAUGUUGCCCUUCAGAUGUUUACAUGCAGUGUUUUAAGUAAGAAAAAGAACAUACUCAAUGGGAUUAAAUUAUAUUUAGCAGCAGAUGACACACCGGGCAGAAACUUUUUUUUUCAUUUCUGAAAUCCUGCAGUCAUGGGUGCAUGGGUGGUUUAUAAACAAAAUGUGUUAACUUAAUCCCUUGCAGGUUUUGUGAUACAUCAUCAAAAUCGGGAGUUAGCAGGUUCCAUUUUGAGAGAAUCUGGCAAAUGAACAGCAUUACUACAACCGCUGAGAAACAAGAUACAUUUUGUAGAACUGUGUGGGGAAGCUUGCACAGGCCUAUUCACACUCUCUGGGUGGAGGUAACAAUAUCAAUUUUGACUUUCAUAAAAGGUGACAUCCACACAGGGUGUGGAAUUAAGAAAAGCAAGAAAAAGAGUGGAAAAGGGUUAAGUAUUAGUCUGACAUUUUCCAAAUCUGUUAAGCACUUUGUUCAUAAAGGUGCAUUUAAAUUCUGAGAAGUAACAUUGUUUUAUUACCAGACACAAUAGUGGCUGUGAUCCAUAGAAAUGUGCACUUAAAAUACACAAUGAAUGUGUAAAUAAACUUAUAUUUGUUGCUCAUGUUAGUGUACAGAUCUUCUGUGCAUCAUGUUGCAAAUAUAUUUGUGCCAAUGCUGAAAGUGAUGCUAUUCUGCAACUCUGUACAUUCCAGACCAUGUCGCUCUUUAUUCCUUUUUCUGCUUUGACUAGAAAAGACGUCAUUAUGAGGGGGUUUUGUCUCCAUGCUUUAAGUUAUUGUGUUUAAGCUGUAUCCACUUCUGGCUUCUUUUUCUGAUUUGUAAAAAAGAGGAUAUUAUACUUUAUAGAGACAUUAAAAACACAUUUUCCCUUUUCUAACAUAAAUCUAGCCAAUUAAGAGCCACCUUUCUUGCUACAUAUACAACUUCCAUCACAUUUGUCACUCAUUUUGCAUGCCCAGUGCCUGAUUCUGAUUUAAAGUCCGAUCUGCAGUUUGAACACCAAGGACUGUGUUACUAAGUAGUGUUGCUGUGUUUAAUUCAUUAGCUCGCUUACAUUAUUUUUUCCACCAAGGUUAAGUGACUGGUUUCCCUGGAGUUCUGAUUUACAGCAGCAUGUGUUAGAUCAGAAUCAGAUGCCACUGAAUUACAAACUGGUGCAAGUUUCACUGCACAGGAUCCUGUACUGGUCAUUCAAAAAGGUGGACUUCUCUGAUAGUGCUAACUGCUGUAUCCUGACUAGUAACAGCAGCAGCAUACUCAGAAAAGAUAUCUAAGCUUGUACUAAAGCACUUAUAAUGAUUUGGUUCUUAAGAGAUAGUGUUCGUGGAGGGAACUGAUUACAGCAUUCUCCAUUUUUCUUUUAGGGCAUAUCAGUAUUUUUAAGAUGCUGAUGUCCCUUUUCAUGAUUUUAACUUGUCUUUGUCUAAUGUAUAUUUCAAAUAAAUGUUGGAAGGAAAAUCAGAACUUCCCACCAGUUGCAAUGUUUACGGUGAAAGGAUAGUUAAUAGAUUGUAAAUUUAUCUUCUUUAGGGAUUCUUCCUUUUAUUUAUGUGCAAUAACGUGUAUGAACUAAAAUAGAAGCUUGUAUUGUGAGUGACCAUAUCUACUUUUAUUGCUAUGUAAAAGAAUAUUUGUAGAACUGAAGAUUUUCAUUGAUGUAAAGCACAAUUUAAUGAAUUAUUUAAUGUUAAAUCAUUGUGAUGUCAAACAAUGGUUUUCCCAUAUUUAUUUCAGUGAUUUUUUUUCUGUAAAUCGAGACAAUGUUUGUACUAAACA